CAAUGUCGGGGAUAGACCGGCGCAUCAUGACCAGAGAAAUCAAUUGCCGCAAUCCAUGUCACACCUGAUGUGCCGAAUGUUGAGCUCAGGCGAUGUAGUGCUGCACCAUUUGCGGACAUUCUGGUGAUUUUUCUCUGGCAGCCAAGCCGUCGCAGCUACCGAGCCGGACUCAAGCUGAGCCGGCAGCAGAGAUAAAUGAUCAUGUCAUCAGCUGCUGUUGCUAGUGCAUUUGCCCGUCGCUGCUACGGCUGCUGCUGGCCACUCGUUUCACUACUCUGCACUCGGCUGCAUUUCUCUCUGUAAUCGACCCACUGUUCAUAAUGAGCGACACAACAAGCGACAUUCGCGGGCUGUCAAAUGAGAAGGAGCCGCGGCGCAUAACGCUGCGCGAGUUCGAAAACAAAAAGUCGUCAAAGUUCAUGGAUCCGUGCGGGAUCGAGGCAAAGGCAAGCUUCAAGUGUCUUGACGACAACAAUUACGACAAGUCGCUGUGCAACGAGUACUUUGAGGCAUACCGCAACUGCAAGCAGAUGUGGGUGCGCGAGCGCAGAAAGGCGCGCCAUGACAAGACGAUCUAGAGGGUGUCGAAGGACGGGCAAGGAGCGCAACGAUGGUUUAGAGUUGGAGUUUACUUGAUCAUUAAAAAGCCUAUGUUUUGUUGUUUACCUUCUACGACG